AUGUCAGGCGAUGGUAUCAGCUAUGACCAGCUGGGCACUGCAGCAGGAGGGUGCUGUGGCAGCUGCGACCAGAUGGACGAUGAGGCAGGAGGAGCAGGUGUAGACCAACUCGAGCACCUGGGCAAACACUGCACCUACUGCGAUGAAGAGGCAGAUAAAGGUGGCACCCUCUGCGGGCGUUGUGGUGGUUUCAGUUGUGAAGCAGGCAUAGGCUGUGGUGGUGAAAAGCCUGGUGCUACAACAAGUAAACAAACACUUGCACAUAAGUACCAUAUUAAACAAAACAAUUAUCACACGCACUGCUAUUUGCUCAUAUACUCGGUGUUGGAUAGCGCAAAUGCUUGCACGUUGUCUGGAGUCCACAGGGGUCAUGUACUCUCUUUCUCCAAAGCCCCGCAGCCUGCGACCUCCUGGUCCGGAGUUCGAGACGCGCUGUCCCUCGCGGACGACUGUGCCCAGCCAAAGCUUCAAGGCGCGCAGCCCUCUACUGGCUCCGAGGAUUGCCUCUACCUCAACGUGUUCGUGCCGACUGCGGCGAGUGGUUCUUUGCCCGUCAUGGUUCACAUCCACGGAGGUUCAUUCAGGACUGGUUCUCCUUCCAGUGGCGCACCUGACUAUUUUGUGGAGAAAGGCGUCGUGAUGGUUUCAGUCGCUUAUCGUCUCGGUGCCCUCGGCUUCCUGAGCCUUCAGAACGACGACAUCCCGGGCAACGCGGGCCUUAAGGACCAGGUGCUGGCGCUACAAUGGAUACAAAGGAACAUCGCAGCCUUCGGGGGAGAUCCGAGCAGGGUCGUCGUCUUCGGGGAAAGCGCAGGUGGCUCCUCCGUAUCACACCUCCUUCUCUCACCGGCGACCAAGGGGCUCUUCAGCGGAGUAAUCAUGGAAAGUGGGGUAGCGACGACCCCUUGGGCGCUGACGGACAAACCCCGCGAGAGGGCGUACCGCAUGGCGGAGGCGCUAGGGUUCCAGGCGCAGGGCGGCAACCACACUGACGACGACGACGCGCGGCUGGCCGCCUUCCUUCGCUCUGUGAACUACUCCGACCUCGCCACUGACGAUUCUGUGGCACUUUCGCAUUUCGAAAAGCGCUGCCCGGUGCACCUGGCUUUCGUCCCCGUCGUGGAGCCACCAUCGGACUCUGCAGUGAUCAUCGAUCCUCCAGCAGACGUCCUCAGAGCUGGCAGCUACAACCAGGUCCCCAUCAUUCUUGGCGUCACUUCUGGAGAAGGUUCCGUGGUAUAUCUCUCGGCGGGACUGCUGACGGAAGUGGGGAUCGCCGACAUGAAGGAGAACUUCACGGCGCUGGUCGGCUCCCAGCUGCCGCUCCCCACGGAGGAACAGCGAACUCGUGCGGCGCAACAGCUGGAGCAAUUCUACUUUGGGGACGACGGCUUCUCCACAGACGACAUGCAAGCCGUUGUUGAUGUAAGCAUAAGUAAGGCAUUCUGCUGUGCCAAAGAAUACUAG